AUUAUCAUUAUUAUUGGUGAAUUUCCUCCCUAUUUCGCUGAGACGGUAAGCGUACUCAAAUUACCCGUGAAGCCCUCCUCCUAAAGCUCUCCCUUGUAUGCAUUUUUUUUUCUAGUUUAAUCGAUAUUUGACGAGACCCCCAUUCCCAAUUCCCCAUAGAUCUGAAUCUCGAUUAUGUGAUUGCAUUACCCGCCUCUGCCUCUGUGUAGAUCUCUCCUUGCUUCGUGUUUUAUUUUACAUACUUACAUCCAUCCAUUUGUAAGUGUGUGUGAUCAUGGGGUUGGAGUAUUCGAACCCCAACAAGAUCCUCCUCUGUUUCUUCUUCAUUUCUCUGGGUAUCACUUGUGUUCUUGCUCAGGAGGAUGAUUCGAAUGCUUCUGUGAAAGAUCUGGGUUGGGCUUCUGUUAAGGAGAAAGUGCUUGACAGGAGAAGCAAAAUUGUUCUAAAUAAUGGAGGUAAUACCAAAAGGGGCACAACUGAUCUUGAAUCAAUUGUUACUGAUCUCAACUUGGAUACGGGUCUUGGUGUAUUCGAUGCAUUCUUUGCAAGCUUGUCAAUGAUACUUGUCAGUGAGAUUGGAGAUGAGACGUUCAUAAUUGCAGCGCUUAUGGCUAUGCGUCAUCCAAAGUCAAUUGUUUUGUCGGGUGCUUUAAGUGCCUUGUAUGUGAUGACGAUACUCUCAACCGGGCUUGGCAGAAUUGUCCCCAACUUGAUAUCACGGAAGCACACAAACAGUGCUGCAACAGUUCUUUAUGCCUUCUUUGGUUUGCGACUACUUUAUAUUGCGUGGAGAUCAACCGACUCAAAAGCAUCCUCAAAAAAGGAAAUGGAGGAAGUAGAAGAAAAGCUUGAGGCUGGGCAAGGAAAAACAACAGUCCGCCGUUUCUUCUCUAGAUUUUGUACACCAAUAUUUUUGGAGUCAUUCAUUUUAACAUUUCUAGCUGAAUGGGGGGAUCGUAGCCAGAUUGCAACAAUUGCUUUAGCUACUCAUAAAAAUGCACUUGGAGUUGCUGUUGGAGCUUCUUUGGGGCACACCAUCUGUACAUCAGUGGCCGUGGUUGGAGGUAGUAUGCUUGCAUCCAAGAUUUCUCAGCGCACAGUUGCAACAGUAGGGGGCUUGCUAUUUCUCGGGUUUUCCUUGACAUCCUACUUCUAUCCUCCCCUAUAGCGUAGUAUUUGAACUUAGCAAAUAUGUACUUAUCCAUAUUUUUUGAUGUUAUUAAUCUGUCUUCUAACUGGAAAAAGCACGAAGAAGCAAUGACAUUGCUAUACAAAUUUUUAUUUUGUAUUAUAGUGUAGCUAAUGUGGAAAGCAGAAGUAAUCUGUGACAUCGUUGGUA